GAGAUGAACUAAACCUGAGUCAACUGCAUCAAGCAUUGUUAAACGAGGAAGAAAAACGCAAGCAAAGUAAGAGUAAAGUCGGUGGUGGUGGUGGAGCUGAGAAUUGCGAAUCUGCAUUGCAACAUAACAAGUUAGAUCGAAAGCCUAUUAAGUGUUAUGGUUGUGGAGAAGAAGGUCAUGUUAUUCGAAAUUGUCCUCAGAAAAAGAAAAGAAAAAUAAAACAGUAUCGACGAAAUGAAAAUCAAGGAAAAUUUGACAUAUCUUCAAAGCACAAUGCAGCUCCUGCUCAUGGGGACACUGAUAAGAAUGAUGAUUCUGGCGCUAAUGUUUUUGCUGUUGGACUAAGUGUUAUGAAAGGAGAUGACUACUGGAUUAUCGACUCAGGCGUAUCUCAACACAUGACUUCAAGUCGUGAUCUAUUGAUGAACUAUCAAGAGUUUUUGGAGCCAGAACCAGUUGUUCUUGGAGAUGGUCGAUCUGUGCAUGCUUUGGGGACUGGUGAAAUAGCCAUUACUAUGCUGCUUUGUCCUAGAGAGAAAGAUGAACGAAAAUCAACUAUGACUAAAGUACUGUAUGUUCCCAAGUUAGCCGCAAAUCUAUUUAGUGCUCGGGCGGCAGCUAUGAAAGAAAAAGUGGGGCAUUUGGACAUACAUUUUGCUGGAUCAAGGACUCUCAAGGAAAGGUUGUAGCGAGAGGCCGUCUUGUUGGCAACAUGUAUCGUCUGGACUGCAGAGUAGAAAGACAAGAAAAACAAGUGUCCGUUGCACAAAGAUCAAGUGACAAACUAAAUCUGUGGCAUCAAAGGAUGGCUCAUUUGAACGCUGGCCAAAUGAAGACGAUGGUUUCAAGAGAGAUGGUAACAGGUACCGAUAUGCCUAGAACCGGGAAGCUGGACUUCUGUGAAGCCUGUGCCGAAGGAAAAUCACAUCGAGCACCCUUCAAACCAGUGGGAGAAGUACAAUCAAAGAAACGAUUACAGCUUGUUCACGGUGAUGUCACUGGACCAAUGAAAACCGAAAGUUUUGGUGGUGCCAGGUACUUUGUGACAUUCAUUGACGAUUAUUCUAGAUGUGUAACCGUCUAUCCCAUUACACACAAAUCGGAAGUGUUGGAUAAGUUUAAAGAAUGGGAAGCAGUAGUAACAAAUCAAGCAGAUUGCAAAAUUAAAACUUUACGGACAGACAAUGGAAGUGAAUAUAUGUCUGCUGAAUUCCAAAACCUCCUCAAAGAGAAAAGUAUUCAUCACGAGACAUCUGUACCCCACUCACCACAACAGAAUGGUAUCGCCUAACGGAUGAACAGGACGCUCCAGGAAGCUGCUUUAUCAAUGAUCGUAAAUGCAGGAGUAUCCAAGAGUUUCUGGGCUGAAGCAGUUUGUUCAGCAGCGUACAUAAGGAACCGAGUUAUCACAACAGUAACUGGAGUCACCCCAUAUGAGCGAUGGUACGGUAAGAAACCGGAUGUUUCAAAUUUUCGUGUUUUGCUUGCACUGCCUAUGUCCAUAUGCCAGAUUCUUCACGUCAGAAGCUUGGCCAGAAAGCAGUGAAGAUGCGAUUCGUUGGCUAUAGUUUGACACAGAAGGGGUAUCGAUUGUACGAUGAGAACAAACGUAAAAUAUUUAUCCGUCGAGAUGUUACUUUCAAUGAAAGUGACUUCGGACAUACCAACAGAGUACAAUUCGAGGUUGAGGAAGAGGAUGAUGAGUGCUCUAAAGAAGAAUCAGAUAAGAAAUCGCCUGAUAGUAGAUGUUCAGCGCGAAAAAGAAAGCCACCAGUUUAUUAUCAUGAUGAAUACGUUGGUAUCACAACAUUAAGCAUACAGCCCUCUUUGUAACAGAACUUGAAGAGCCAACAACGUUGAAGAAAGCUCUCGAAAGUAAUCAUGCGGAAAGCUGGAAGACAGCUGCAGAUUCUGAAUAUCAAUCUCUAAUGGAAAAUGAGACCGGGGAGCUUGUCGAACUGCCACCCGGACGAAAGGCAAUUACCUGCAGAUGGGUAUUUAAAGUCAAACAUGAUGAAAAUGGGAAAAUCGAUCGGUUUAAAGGACGUCUUGUAGCGAAAGGUUAUCUACAAAAGUACGGGAUCGAAUUUGAUAAAACAUUUUCACCUGUCAUUCGCUUUACAUCUAUCCGAGCUCUUUUGGCGUUUGCUGUUUCCAGAAAUGUGUUUAUCCAUCAAAUGGAUGUCGUUACCGCUUUCCUAAAUGGAACACUUGACGAAGAUAUCUAUAUGGAGCAGCCAGAAGGUUAUGUUGUUCCUGGAAAAGAAAAUCUUGUGUGCCACCUAAAGAAAUCUCUCUAUGGAUUGAAGCAGAGUCCACGAUGUUGGAACAAGUCGUUCAAGGAAUUCAUGAUAUCCCAAGGAUUUGAGCAAAGUGCUGCUGAUCCGUGUGUCUUCAUUCGAAAAGUCAAUGAUCAACUUGCUAUAGUUGCUGUACACGUUGACGAUCUCAUACUAUUAACCGAAACCGAGCAAGAAAUGAUCGACUUGAAGGCCAGUCUCGCAGCUCGUUUCAAGAUGAAAGAUAUGGGUAAGCUUCAUUACUGUCUUGGAGUAAACAUUAAAACGAUGGACGGUGUUUUGCAAAUGAGCCAAGAGCAGUAUAUUCAUCUUAUCACUGCCAGAUACAUUUUAUCACUGCCAUUCUUGUCAGGAGUAUCAUACAAAGAUAGACUUGUCAAAAGUGGUUUACUAUCAUUAACAUACUAGCAUGAAUUCCUGGAUAUGGUCUACCUUUACAAAGCGUUAGUUAUAUCUAAUGACCAUAAUAUCCAUGUAAAGACAACAGAUCGGUUGACGAGAGAAAAUGAUGGAACAGCAAACAUUAUAUUACAAGUUCCUAGAGUAAACACUUUAACAUUUCAGAACAGUUAUUACUGCAGAUCACCCAGGACUUUUAACUAUUUACCAUCACACUUACGGCAGUCAAAUCUCUCAAUCAGUCAAUUUAAAUGCGGCCUAUUUAAAUAUUACCAAAAACUUGUUGAAGAGGUCUACGACAUUGAUGUUCCACAAACGUUUAAAACAGUGCGUGUAAAGUGUCAUUUGUGUCGUCCCUUGUCCAGUCUAUCUGUCAAACUGUGUUGUCAUUAGAUGCUGUUAACCCAGUGGAAAUAUCACUUUGUUAGAGAGCAUGUGAAAUUUAAAUUAAAUUCCUUUUUUCGAUCCACAUGAUUAGAAUUGCUCAGGACCACAUUAAAUCCAACGUCUCAGUGAUUAGCGAUUUUGAAGCGAUAUAUCCACUGUGUUAACCUAUAUUUCAGUAUUGCAUUAGCAGGUUACCCGUAAAGGAGCAACUAGCUCUGUGGGUUAAACCGGUCAUGUGACAAAGAUUGUAAAAUAAAAUAUAAUUCACAAGAUAUUGCACAAGUACAAAUUACAAGAUUGUAAACCUGUAUCGACGCCGAUGGAUAUGAAUGUGAAGCUGGUGAAAGAUGAUGGUUACAGCAAAGCAGUAGAUCCUGUUGAGUACCAAUCGAUGGUUGGAAGCUUCAUUUAUGCAGCUAUAACUACUCGACCCGACAUAGCUCACGCAGUUGGUACUUUAGCAAAAUUUAACUCGUCCCCUAAUGAAGCACAUCUUACUGCUGUCAAACGUAUAUUUCGCUACCUGAAGGGAACAGUUAAACUGCAUCUCCAGUACGAAGUAAGUGAUAAAGAUAUGGAAGGAUAUUCCGACGCAGAUUGGGCAGCAGAUUCAUAUGAUCGAAGAUCUACUUCUGGCAACGUAUUUGUAAUGUCCAAUGGUGCCGUUAGUUGGGCAAGCCAGAAGCAACCUACGGUAGCACUUUCAACAGCUGAAGCCGAAUAUAUCGCCCUUUGCUUGGCAGCUCAAGAAAGUGUAUGGUUACGACAACUAAGCAAGGAUUUUCAAAUAAAUUGUUCGAGUCCAACCACUAUUAACGAGGACAAUCAAGGGAGAAUCGCAAUGUCAAAAAAUCCUGUUUUACACAAGCGCACAAAGCAUAUAGAUAUUAAAUUUCACUUUGUUCGAGAGAAAAUUCAAGAUAGAACAAUCGAACUAAAGUAUUGUCCUACACAUAAAAUGGUCGCGGAUAUUUUCACGAAGGCUUUACCGCGAGGACAGUUUGAAAAUCUUCGAGCAAGACUUGGACUUAUCAUAGUACAGUAA